GGGACAUCAACAUGCCUUUUCAUGUGGAGGGACUGGUGGCCAUAGUUGUAUUUUACCUUGCUAUCCUGGCGGUUGGAAUAUGGGCUGCUUGGAAAACCAAGAACACUGGCAGCGAAGGAGAUCGCAGCGAAGCUAUUAUAGUCGGCGGAAGAGACAUUGGCUUGCUGGUCGGUGGAUUUACUAUGACUGCCACCUGGGUUGGAGGAGGUUAUAUCAAUGGGACAGCAGAAGCUGUAUAUGUCCCAGGCUACGGUCUGGCUUGGGCUCAGGCACCUAUCGGAUAUUCCCUUAGUCUGAUCGUAGGUGGUCUGUUUUUUGCAAAACCCAUGCGAUCCAAAGGCUACGUAACAAUGCUAGAUCCUUUUCAGCAGAUUUAUGGGAAAAGAAUGGGAGGGCUGCUCUUCAUUCCAGCUUUAAUGGGAGAAAUGUUUUGGGCUGCUGCCAUCUUCUCUGCCUUAGGUGCCACAAUAAGUGUGAUCAUUGACAUUAACAUCAAUAUUUCAGUUAUUAUUUCUGCCCUGAUUGCAACUAUGUACACUCUUGUGGGUGGUCUAUAUUCUGUGGCCUACACGGAUGUAGUCCAGCUCUUCUGCAUCUUCCUAGGGCUGUGGAUCAGUGUACCCUUUGCAAUGUCGCAUCCUGCAGUGACAGACAUCGGGCUCACAGCUGUGCAAGAGGUGUACCAAGCACCUUGGCUUGGAACUAUUAACUCACUUGACAUUUACACAUGGCUGGACAAUUUCCUUCUGCURACAUUAGGAGGAAUCCCAUGGCAAGCAUAUUUCCAGCGAGUUCUUUCUUCAUCUUCUGCCACAUAUGCUCAAGUUCUGUCAUUUCUGGCUGCUUUUGGCUGUCUUGUAAUGGCUCUUCCUGCGAUACUCAUUGGUGCAAUUGGAGCAUCCACAGCCUGGAAUGAGACUGAUUAUGGUCCUCCGGACCCCAUGACCAAGAAGGAAGCAGAUAUGAUUUUACCAAUCGUGCUUCAGUAUCUUUGCCCAGUAUACAUCUCUUUCUUCGGCCUGGGUGCUGUAUCUGCUGCUGUAAUGUCCUCAGCCGACUCUUCAAUUUUAUCAGCAAGUUCUAUGUUUGCUCGGAACAUUUACCAGCUUUCAUUUCGGCAAAACGCCUCGGACAAGGAAAUCGUAUGGGUGAUGAGAAUCACAGUUUUUCUCUUUGGAGCAUCAGCAACAGCAAUGGCAUUGCUAGCUUCAUCUGUGUAUGGCCUGUGGUACCUCAGCUCUGAUCUUGUUUAUAUCAUCAUAUUCCCUCAGCUCCUGUGUGUGUUAUUUAUUAAAGGAACCAACACGUAUGGUGCCAUUGCAGGAUAUUUCUUUGGCCUGCUUCUCAGAAUAACUGGAGGAGAACCGUACCUGUAUCUUCAGCCCUUGAUCUACUAUCCUGGCUGCUAUCCAGAUGAAAAUAAUAUCUACGUCCAGCGAUUCCCAUUUAAAACACUUGCUAUGCUUACCUCCUUCUUUACUAACAUUAUAGUCUCCUACUUAGCAAAAUACCUAUUUGAAAGUGGGACUUUGCCACCAAAACUGGACUUCCUUGAUGCUGUUGUUUCGAGAUACAGUAGAGAACACAUGGACAAGGCAACUCUUGUAAAAAGUGACAAUAUUGUGUUAAAUGAACUUGCACCUGUGAAUCCACGGCACAGUCUGACUUUGAGCUCAACUUUCACAAAUAAGGAAGCUUUCAAUUAUGUUGAUUCGAGUCCAGAUCUGUCCAAUACUGAAGAUAAUUAAAUUCUGGUAUCCCCAAACAAAGCAGUGCAAAACAGAACAGCCUACAAAGAUGAGUGAAAGGCCUUUUAUCAGAAGAAAAGCAAGAACUGGGAAUGUACAAUUCUUUAAAUUGUUUCUAGGAACAGAAGCAUCUCAUGGAAGAACCUGUUUUAUGUUACUAUCUAACAACAUGUUGGUUUAGAUCACAGAGUUUUUAUCAAAAGAUGCACUCAGACCCCAUUCUUUCCACUAAGAACUAUAUAAAAUAUCAUUUUAAAAAUAUUUAGAACUGAAAAACACAAAACAGAAAAGUGCAACUGUCAUUUAGCUAGGGUAUUAUGAGAAGAAAUUAUAAUACAGUCACUCUGAGAUACUAUCAGUCAACAUUUUAUUGGCAUUUAGUGAAAAUAUAUUGUCGCAGUUGUAGGUCAUUUAUUAAAAGGAGUUUGUUGUUUGAGCCAAGACAGAUAACUUCUCUGAGUUUUUCAUCUCUUUUUUCCUUAUAAUGAAUUUCAAAGAACACAAAUUAAGUUUUUUGUUA